GUUCCGUACGCGUACGCGGUUUUGUUUUGGCCAAAGGCUACACGCCAGUGCGUUUUGCAAACUGAUCAGUUACAUGUGUUAAUGUCCAAAUUGAUGGAUUCGUUUGCUAAGGAAAAACGCGAGCGGCUUGGAAGUGCCGAUGCAAGCCGGAAAGGGGCAAUAGAUUCUAAGAUUGUUGAUGUGACCGACCAAUUGAACUCGUUUCCGCAGUACUGUACGACAAGCUCAUGCUCUGGGAGAAUUAUGAUACUUUCAGGCGCAGAAUCUGACAUUGGGAAGCCAACGGUGAAAAAAGGUUGUCGAUGGCACCUCGUCACACAUGAUCUUCUUACAGAGGAUGAACUGGACGAUGCUCUGACGAGAACGACUAACUCUGCAACUUUGAAGUUUGAACCAUUUAUCCUCCAUGUACGGUGUCACAAUUUGGAUGCAGCCCAGAAACUUUUGGCCGUGAGCAUAGGGGCUGGAUGUCGCAAUUCUGGCAUAAUGUUAGGCAAAACGGGCAAGGUUCAUGUGGCAGUUCGGACCACACUUUCAAUGGAGGUUCCACUUUCUGAUAAUGGAAACGUGCUCGUCACACCUAAGUACCUCAAGUUUCUAAGACAAAAAGCGAAUGAAAAAAUGACAGAAAACUGGAGACGGCUGCAAAGGUUUUCUGCUGCACUUAACAUGCUCAGCUGUGAAAAUGAAAGCAAUGCGGCAGCAUGUAGACUUCCCAGAGAUUCGGUGGCUGCAAGGAUUAAGAAUGAGAAGAGUUCCUCUGCAUUCGAUUAUGAUGAAAGCGUUUCUGGCCUGUUUGACUUCUCCAUGUGACGACUUCAAGGCACCAGUAUGUACUGGGAAGCGUGACAGUGCUUUUAUACCAUUACGUAUUGAAUAAAACCAUAAAUGCUUUUGUGUAAUUUUUA